AUGGCAAAUGCGGCAUCUGGGAUGGCUGUGCACGAUGACUGCAUGCUGAAGUUCUUGGAACUGAAGUCAAAGAGGACUUACAGGUUCAUUGUCUUCAAGAUAGAGGAAAAGCAAAAGCAGGUAAUAGUCGAAAAAGUGGGCGAGCCAGCACAAAAUUAUGAGGACUUCACCGCCUGUCUUCCUGCCGAUGAAUGCCGAUAUGCUGUUUAUGACUUUGACUUUGUGACCUCCGAGAAUUGCCAGAAAAGCAGGAUUUUCUUCAUUGCUUGGUCUCCCGACACGUCACGUGUGAGAAGCAAGAUGAUUUAUGCCAGCUCAAAGGAUAGGUUCAAAAGGGAGCUCGAUGGGAUUCAAGUGGAAUUACAGGCGACUGAUCCUUCUGAAAUGGGGCUCGACGUUAUCAAGAGCCGUGCAAACUAA